GUCUCUGCAGCAUUAAAAGUUGGAAUAACAAAAUGAGAGGUCCAUGCUUAGCCUAAAGUCUGGACUCUAAUUUAUUUGCGUGGUUAAUAUUUCUUUUCUUUAUGAAAACAAAAGCAGAACAGCGAACUAUUUCAUUUCUUUGAGGACUAUUUUCCCUGGCGCAAUGAUACUUUGAUUAUCGACGCCUGUUUACGUAUAAUUGAGGUUAAUGCGCGCGCGGCGGACGCUGCAGGUGUCUUCACGUUAAUUAAAGUCGACCCGCACGUGGAGUUCGUAAAUGCUAUUAAUUUAAAACCUCUUCAAGUCACCCCUGUACUGGAUACAUAGACCUGUGAUUAUCCCUUCCAUUUGAGGGACCAGUCUGAGAUGAACACCACUGGACCAGCGUACACACUUGCUUCCCUCUACGUGGGCGACUUACAUCCUGAUGUGACAGAAGCCAUGUUGUACCAGAAGUUCUCUCCUGCCGGACCCAUUAUGUCCAUCCGUGUGUGUCGUGACAUCAUCACCCGCAGAUCUCUGGGAUAUGCCUACAUAAACUUCCAGCAGCCAGCUGAUGCUGAGUGCGCUUUGGACACAAUGAACUACGACGUUCUCAAGGGUCGCCCAAUUCGAAUCAUGUGGUCUCAGCGUGACCCAGGACUUAGGAAGUCCGGUGUGGGUAACAUCUUUAUCAAAAACAUGGAUGACUCAAUAGACAACAAAGCACUGUAUGACACCUUUUCUGCUUUUGGUAAUAUAUUGUCCUGCAAGGUUGUUUGUGAUGAGCGCGGCUCAAAGGGCUAUGGGUUUGUUCACUUUGAGACUCAGGAAGCUGCAAAUAGAGCCAUUGAAACCAUGAAUGGAAUGCUGCUCAAUGACCGUAAAGUGUUUGUUGGCCACUUCAAAUCCCGCAAAGAUAGAGAAAUGGAGCUGGGGUCCAAAGCUAUGAAUUUCACUAACGUCUACAUCAAAAACUUUGGAGAAGACUACUCUGAUGAGAAAUUGAAAGAGGUCUUCGCAGCAUUUGGGCCCACCCUUAGUGUGCGGGUGAUGAAGGACGAAAGAGGUCGCUCACGUGGAUUUGGUUUUGUAAACUUUGCCAACCAUGAGGAUGCUCAGAAGGCAGUGGAGGAAAUGAAUGGAAAGGAGAUCAAUGGGAAAGUCAUAUAUGUGGGCCGAGCUCAGAAGAGGUCAGAGCGUCAAGGAGAACUCAAGCGCAAGUUUGAGCAGAUUAAGCAGGAUCGCAUCCAGCGCUAUCAGGGUGUAAACCUCUAUGUGAAGAACUUGGACGAUGGCAUCGAUGAUGAACGACUCCGCAAUGAAUUUGCUCCUUACGGCACAAUCACCAGUGCCAAGGUGAUGACUGAUGGUGGCCAGAGCAGAGGAUUUGGAUUUGUGUGUUUCUCUUCACCUGAGGAGGCGACGAAAGCCGUGACAGAAAUGAACGGAAGAAUCGUAACGACCAAGCCGCUGUAUGUUGCUCUGGCUCAGAGACGUGAGGAGCGUAAAGCUAUCCUCACCAACAAGUACAUGCAGAGACUCGCAACCUUGAGGACCAUGACGAGUCCCAUCAUCGAGUCCUACCACCAAGCUGGAUACUACAUGACCAUGCCACAGCCUCCAGCUCGCUCCUACUACAAUCACAAUGCUGGUGGAAACGUGCGAUCAGUCCCGCACUGUCCAGGUCAACCGCAGAGACCCCAGGGUCCGUACGCAGGCCAGUAUGUGAGCAGCUCUUUGACUCGACGAGGGUCAAAUCACAUUGCUACAGUCAGACAGGCUUCUACUCAGGCACCCCGUGUUACGACUUCUUCACAAAAGACAUACAACAUUGGGACCCAGACGGCCGGAGGGAGAACGGACAUCCCAGCAGUCACCAGAAGUAACCAGUACAAGUAUUCCUCAGCAGUGAGGAACGCACGGCAUGUAGUUGCCGUUCCUGCUCCAAUUACCAGACUGCAGGUUGUUCCACCUCCUCCUCCACCUCCUCUGAUGGAUCCACCAGUGCGGGUUCAAGCCCAUGAGCCGCUCACAGCCACCAUGUUGGCUGCAGCUCCACUCAUAGACCAGAAACAGCUUCUUGGCGAACGACUCUAUCCCCUCAUCCAUGCCCUUCACCCAAACCUAGCAGGGAAAAUCACCGGAAUGCUUUUGGAAAUAGACAACUCAGAGCUGCUUCACAUGCUGGAGGAGCAGGAGUUGCUGCAUGCCAAGGUGGAUGAGGCUAUUGCUGUCCUGCAGGCUCACCAGGCCAAAGAAUGUCCCACUGAGAAGUGACCAACUCUGACAGAUGUCGACCAAGAAAAGUUUUGUGGAUUUAAGUGACAGUCAAGUCAAUGGUGUUUUGUUUAUUGGGGUAUUUUUUGUUUAUAAAGUUCACAAU